AUGUAAUAAAAGUUGAAAGAGGAACAAAAUUAUUGGAAAAACAUAAUAUUAAAGGAACAAAAUUUGAAUUAUCUUAAUGGAUCAUUUUAUUUCAAUAUUUUUGAAGAAAAAAAAUAGAAUGAAUAGAAUGAGUAGAAUGAUGAUAGUUAAAUUUCAAUAAAAAAUGAAUCUGAGAAAAAAAAAGAUGAAAGCUAAAAAAAAGUUGAAGAAAAAAUUUAGGAUGAUUUUUUAGAAUCAUCAUCUAUUGAUUCUAGCUUAGAACCUAUUUAAUAUGGUUUCAUGGUAUCAUAUCUAAUUAGUCCAAAUGAAUAAUAUUUAGUUGUUAAUUCAAAAUAAGUUAGUAGUUGGUAAGUUUCAGAUAAAAUAAUCAUUUUAGACCUUAAAAAUUUAAGGUAUUUUUAAUUUUCAUUUAAAACCAAUUAUAUUGAAGCUCCUCCUACAUAUUUUUUAUCUGAUUAUUUAAUAGGUAUUGAUGCUAUGUAUGAUGGAAAAGUUUAUUAUAUCUUUUUAGAUUUAAUGAAGAAUUGGGGAUAGAAAUAUAUUAUAAACUAUAAUUAUCCAAUUAAUUAAAUAAUUUAUGAUAGAUACUUGAAUUGUUUAUAUAUUUUAACACAAAAUAAUAAAAUUUAAAAAUAAUAAUUUAAUUUAAUAAACUAAGAUUAGGAGAUAUAAAUUAUGAUGAAUUUUAAAAAUGGUUGGCCAUAGAAUAUACUUGAAAGUUAUCCUUUAUAAAAUUUACAUAUUCUUAAUGAUUCAUUUGCUUUACUUAGUAACAAAAUUAAUUAAUUGUUUUUAAUAAAGAUUAAUAAUAACCAAAUAUAAGUAGUUAAAUAUUAUUAAUGGAAAUCCUUCAAUACUAAAAUUAUUAAAUUACCCUUUAAUAAUUGUAUGGCUGUAAUGAGUAAUGAAUUAGAGGAUAUCUAACCAGUAUUAGUAGAUUAUCGCAGGGGGAAAUUAAUACGAAAAGUACCUAAAGGAGGGGCUAAUAGUUAUCUAUAUACAUAUAAUGGAUCUUGUUUCAUAUCCAGUAUUUAUUAAUCUUAUUCUCUUCAGGUAUUAAAUAAGAAGAAAAUUAAGGCAUACUUUAAUCAUAAGGAAUAAUAUUUGAUAUUUUAAGAGGAAAUCAAAAAUAAAGAAAUUUGAUGGAUAUGAUUUAACUAGAAUAAACUAACAUUAAAUUUACUCAUAAUAUAAUUACUCAAUAAUGCAAUGAUACAAUUAACUACAAAUUGAUAUAUUGA